ACUCCGGGAGACCUGGGGAGUGGAGCCGGUGCAGAGGUUGCAGCAGCGGAGAGGAGAGCGGUGCAUUGAGCAGCAUGCAAAGCUGCAUCCUCUUCCCCCUGCUGCUGUUCCUGGCCAUCUCUGCUUGCUGCAAUCCGGCUCUGCUCAGAGAGCUGCCCCGGGGAGAUGCUGCAGAGAACUUGGACCAAGCGACUCUCAAGGAGAUGUUCCAGGAGGUGGAAGAGCUGAUGGAGGACACACAACAAAAGCUACAAGGAGCAGCUCGGGAGAUGGAGUUGAAGCAAGGGAGGAUGUUACGUGAUCUGGAGAGUGUGUCUGACAAUCACAACAAAUCCAAAGCACAUUCCACGGCAAGAAUCUCGACCAUCCACUUACAGCAGGAAAUCAGGAAGGAAUGUAUUGUUGAUGAGGAUUGCAGGAAGGACCAUUUCUGCUGGGUAGAUGUGUUGGAAUCAAAGUGCCUUGUACGGAGAUCCCAGGAGGAGAAUUGCACUCGAGAUGGAGAAUGUUAUUUGGAUUAUUUGUGUAUCUGGGGACAAUGCAAAGCGAGUGCAAUGAAAGGACAAACUGGCUCCAUCUGUGAGCAGCAACGUGACUGCAGUGCGGACCUGUGCUGUGCCUUCCACAGUUAUCUCUUGUUUCCUGUGUGCACCCCACUGCCCACCAAGGGCCAGCCCUGCCAUGAUCCGGCGCAUCGAUUGUUGGACCUCAUCACUUGGGAGAUGGAGCCAGAAGGAGCUUUGGACUACUGUCCCUGCUCAAAGGGUCUGAUGUGUCAACCUGAAGGUAAAGCCUUAUUUUCCGUGUGUAAGGACUCUGACUUUAAGAAGGGGACAGUCACAACAGUCCCUCCUCAGUAUAUGGAAAUGGAAGAGGUGCUGUUUCCUCCAGUCGUUGCCCUGGAAGGUCCUAGGGAUGGGGAGAGUUACAUCUACAUGAUGCCAGAUGUGCAAGAGGUCCAGGCUGCAGACAUGGAUUCGGUGAUUGGUCUCUAUAACAAGGGAAACGCAGAACAAUAUGACGAGCAUGACCCCACAUGGAAUAUUCCACAGGGUGAGGACGGUUUUGGAAGAGAACAGGACCUGGCUGACAAAGCUAACACUGCUCUUUCAUCCAAACCAGGUCCCUGACAACUCAUUCACUAUGACCUUUCUGUAACCAGCGUUUCUGUGCAAUAGGCAAAGCAGGAAGCACUUAGAGGCUUAAUAGUUGGGUUAUUUUUACAAUCCAUUGAAAAAAUGUGUAGUUCUAAUUGGCAUUCUCUCUGCAGUGUACCUUUUGUAACUUCUCUGUUUAGUGACAUGGGCUGUAACUCUGUCCCAGAUGUGUUAAUGAAUUGCUCUGGAGUUCUUUUUAAAUGUAGCAUCGGGAACAUUGGCAUUGGACGCUUUGUCAUAUUUGGAGCAUCGCAGAAUAUCAGAGAACUGAACACUGAUCAGAGGAUUCAAUCUGGUUUGACCUCUCUAGUCAUUUCCAUUUCUCCGAUGCUGUUUUCAGAAACAUAUUUUAACUGCCAACAGAUGAAAGUAUUUUCUUUAGGUAAAGCAGUGAAUAAGUGUGUGUUACAAUUGCAUUAAUCAAUAAAAGGACACCUUUCAUUUGUGA